UAAUGAAUGAUAGCGAUGAACGAUAUAUGAAAAGGUACCUUUAUACUCCGGAGUCGGACUUAGAAUUUUGAAGUCCACCUAUCCACCAUGGACUGUUCGGAUUUAUUCAAAUCGUUGAUCGUUCACGAUUAGACCCAUUAGAGGGUUAGAGUGAUUUCAGUCGUAGCUAGGAGGAAUCUGCAUAAUGCGGGAUGACGACGCAGAUCGGGUGCUGGACGCGGAGCAGUGGCGGCUGGAAGCCCAGGCGGUAAUCAAUGACGUGAAAAAGCACGUGCAGGACCUAAGGGUGUCUGAACGGCUGACCAGCACAAACCAGAUGAUCUAUUUGAACCUGAUCACGCUGGAGGGUCUGCGGUUUUGCGUGGAACUAUCGGCUGCCGGCUUCGCCAUCAUCGGCAAUCGGCACGACGACACGUCGAACGCGAGAAACGAGCGUUUCGAGACACCGUACGGCCUCCUGAAUUUCGUCAGUCCGCAGUACAGGAAUUCCUUCGGGAACGCACUAUUAGAUAAACUGAAGGAAUUGGGCAAUAAUCAAUAGAUCUCGAGAGAUAACA